AAAACAUUGAACGUUCGCUCAAGGAUCGUGCGUGCAUUUUCACCUGUGGUUUGUGCAUUUUCCGCUGAGUCUCGCGGUAAUUGAUACAAUUGCAUUCAACGUAACUUGGUCAUUAAGCGAAGUAAAGCAGCAUCUUUUAAAAAACUGAAAAUAUCGAAUAGACAUUUUCUCGUUAUCCGUUAUUUCUUUACAGUGUCGUUUAAUAUUUUUCUUUUUUCUCUUUAUGGACGGUAUAACGUUUUCUUUUCUUAUAUCAGUUCUAUUGUGUUUUUAUUUUCAUAUAAUUGUAUUAAGUAAACCUUCUGUCUUUCGUGUCAAUUAUAGUGUUUUGUUUAUCGGUUAUAUUAUGUAGAUCUUUCAGAGAUAAAUCUAAAAAUAUUAUCACACGAUAACCAUAUUUUGUAUGAAACGUAAAAAUAUUGUCCUCGUAUCUGAACAUGAACCGACUGUAUAAACUAAUCUUAAUGAAUACGUUGUCGAAAUGCGGAAGGAGUUGCACCGGAGGAAAAUGAUUAUUCCAAUCAUGGAUCGAUAUAAUAAAACGCAGCGAUAAUUACAGAAGGUGACAAGAAAACGAUGACUUCGUAGCGGGAAGGGUUCGAGGGCAGAGCAUGAGGGUCGGCCAGGAAACGCGGAAAGAACGUUCACAGUUCGGCGAAGCGAUUAAUGACUGUCAGUCACCGAACACAGCUGGACACGUCUCUGUCUCCACCGGUUGGAGAUGAGCACGAAGGAGCUGAAUGCGACAACGUUGACGACCACAAUGACCACGGCCACGACGCUCACGUCGUCCACGAAGCUCGAUGUCGAGGCCGAGGACGACGAAGAGCCACCGACCACGUUCGAAGCAUUGGAUAUGGAUCUGGUGAACGGACCGAAUCCGUGGCUUCCGGCCUAUGGUUUCCAAUUACAGCAUCGUUCCCAUUUUCAACCUACGCAUGAGGAUCUACGGACUAAUGACACAGUGCUAGUGCAGCAAGUGGACUUUCUAGAAACUAUUCUAGAGGAAACAUCCGACGAUCUACAAAGCGAUUCCGAUCGAAGUGGAACUACAUAUUGGGUGGGCUCAGACUCUGAAACCGAAAGCGUGAUACAUAUACGGGCGAAGCAGAGAUUGGCUGACGAGAGGCUGGAUGGCAGCGGAAGCGAAUGCAAUUCCGUGGUUCCGAAGAAGAGACGUCGAAAACACAAUGGUAACAGCGAUCGAGAACAUCAGGCUACCUUCGACGAUUACCCACCAUCACCGAGGUCAUCGAGGUCGUCCGCCUCCUCAAGGUCUAGCUCUCUAUUGCAAUUCGAAUCCUUAGAAAGGACCUGUGCCACACUGUCGCCGUCCAGUUACAGCUUCGAUUCGCUGGAAUAUCCUAAUCGAUCAAACGCCUCUCAUCCUGAGAACACGUCGCCAGACAGCCUCGAGCAGGACUAUGACAAGGUUUUACCAAACGGUUUUGGAAACAUCGUAGAUCACUUUUCCAGAAUUAGACCUUACCGUAGCUUCGAAAGUCUGGACACUUGUCAAAAGGAAGAGGAGUUUGGUUCUGGUGGUCUCACCAACGGAUUCACACCUUUGUACCUGAAACGAAACAUGGACCUGUCGAGAACACGUAGCAAUGGCUACCACCGUCCAAGGGACUUUUGGCACGAGGACGAAGAAUACGAAGACGAUGUUGGCGACGAGGACCUUGACGAAGAAGAUCGUAUGCUAAACGACAAUCGAUCCGGGGCGGAGCUCGAGGAUCGACUGAUGGUGUUCGGCGAUUCCGCGUGCAACUACGCGACGUCGCUGGAUUAUCGGAAUACGAUCGACCUACGAGAGAUCGGUGUCGAGUCGAAAAGGGACGCAUUGUUGGACCUGAAAUCUGGCCAAACGGCUGUGUCGAGUUCGUUUCGCCUGCUGCAGACUAGAUUAAAUAUAGCCGGCAAUAUGGCGCACGGCCGUAACAACAUGGUCGCCGAUCAUCAUCAUUACCACCAUCAUCAGCUGCAGCAGCAGCUCCACAGUUACGAGCAGCACGAGCAGCACCAGCGUCAAGGGUGGAGCAACGAGGAGUGCUUUAAUUUUAGAUUCACGGAUAAAUCUCAAAGCGCGCCCAGUCUGCCUAGCAGCGUCAUCGAGUCCGCACACGGUCCACAUUCGUUGGCCGCGUACGCAUCCUCAUCCAGAGCGACCUUCUUCGUAUCCACGUCGAAUUUGUUCGAGAAUUAUACAAGGGUAGCCAGCGUGCCCGUCGAUUUGAAUCUCUGCGGUGUCCACACGACGCACGAUGAUAUACGUUACUCUCCAGUGAAUUUGCACGAGCAUCACGAAAUGGCGGAAGUCUCCGUUGUUCAAAGUAAGAAGCGACUGGAAAGCAACGAGGAAAUUCGACAGAACGGAGGCGAGGAGAGUGGACAAGCGAAGAACUCGUUAUCGAGCUCGGUCAGAACGCAAGCCUCGCAGAACGCAAUGGUAGAUGGCGAGAUGGACCGCGAGAAAGCGGAAGAAGAGCCGAAGGAAGAUGAGGAAUGCGUAGGAGAGCACUGUACAAAGCCACGAGAGAUGAAACAAGUACCUUCGACGGUGAAGACGCAAGAUCCAGGCAACUGUAUACUCGACAUGGCGAUUGCUAUGGAGAACGACAUCGAUUCGGUGGAUGCAGCGAUCAAGCAGUUGAAGCGCGAGGCCGUGGAAGUUACCUCGAAUAACACCAAUACGUUAUCUGGUAUCGAUGGUAUUCAGAGGACUCCUUCCGGUAGACAGCGACCGUGGAAGGUAAAGAACAACGCGAGCUACGAGUUGGCUCAGCAAUUCGAAAUCGACGAGAGAAAUUUCCGAUCGAAUAAAUAUCGUAAGGAGGUUGGUAACGAUGGUGAAAAAUCGCUGAAAAGUGGACGAAAACGAGUGUCAAACAACGCCAGUUACGAGCUGGCCCAACAGUGUGACUACAUCAAGGCUCUUCAGUCUUCCAAAAGUGGAUUCAGGCGGAUGGAUGCGUGCGACGAGUUGGAGGAAUCGAUUUCAGGACGAUCCUCGCUGCUCAGAGUUUCCGAUUUGGUGCAACAAAUGAGUAGUAGCUCGACAUCGAAUCUACCGAGCUACAGCGAGCCGUAUUUGGAUACCAGGAAAUAUUCAAAGUCCGCGGAAAAUAUUUCCACGCAGUUCUCGAUAGCUCCGUUCACCAGGAUUCCGAUUAAUCAGCUGGGCCAGCGGCUCAAAAAACAGCAAGAGGAAACACUUUUCGGCCAGAUAAAAAAAAACUCGGAUCCAUUUUCGGUUUAUGGAGGCGAUUCUAACGCCCGUGUUUUAGUAGACGAUGAAAUAGAUUUACCCUGCUUGGAAACCAAACCCGUAGGAACUUCCAGCCUGGAGAGGGGCGUACAACGCGAGGAAACAAGCGUCCAGAAACCUCAGAAACCUUUAACCCCGGAACGUGAAAAUGUUGAUUCCAACGCUUCCUAUAAAACCGCGACUGCGGACGCGAUUUCAAAGGACACGGAUCAAGAUACAGCGAACGAGACGAGCUGUUCGAAAAGGUUGUUCAUCGGUGAUUUCUAUCCGGAAAAAAUCGUGCGGUUGCAGCAACAAGAGGAGGGCCGUUAUGUGGAUUAUCGGCCAGUGGAAGACGAUCGUGCGGUCGAACUCGAAAUCGACGAAAGUGGCGGCAAAAACGAAAGUUCUUCGAUGAUUCGAUUAUCAUCGACUUCGUCGUGCAACGGUAGAAACAAUGGAGAACUGUUGUGGAGAGUCGUGGUGGAAAAGCAGGCCGCGGAAAAGGAUGCUCCUGUGAAGAAGGCUACGAAGGAGAAAGAGGUGGAAGAGGAGAAGUUACAGUACAAAGUGGAGAAGAACGAGAGAGAGCAAAAGAAGGAGGAGAAGGAGGCAACGGAAGCAGCGAGGGGACACACUGUCCACGGUGUUCAUUGCCCCCCACCCAACGGUAGCAGCAACAGCGACGGCCUGGAACUUGGUGAACGGAGUGGGAAUCCAGCGGUGGCCGUGGCAGUUGAUACGAAUCAUCGCGGUGUUCGCGACAAACGUCACGAGGAGAACGCGGCGGCAACAACUGCGCCGGUUAGCGUAGACGACAGGCACGAGGGCCACGCGACUAUGUCGGCCACGACAACCACAACGACACAACGUCCGUUUGUCGCGGCACCCAUCGUCAAAACCGAGCCAUCGGCGGCGAGAUUCCAGCGGAAUAUGGUCGUCGACGCGUCGUCCGCGACCACGGUGAAGGAAGAGCGGAAAAAAGGUGGACUCGGUGGAUUUCUCCAACGAUUCUCGAGGCUUCGGUUCAGUGGUAGAUCGAAAGUGCCGCGAUCCGAGGUGCAGAAGAAAAGUGAUACGAUCGGCCAAGUGAAUCGCGCGAAGGUGACCGAGGAGAAGGUUAAAAAGGAGCCGGACUAUAUUAUCAUACCGUUGCAUCCUACCGAAGAGGAAAGGCAGAAACAAGACCAGAACACAGCUGCGGAGAGCAGAAUAGACACCACCGGCAAUGACAGAAUUGUCGCCGAUGUUCAACGAAGUUCCUCCGUUAUAAGCGCAAACGGGAGGGCGCCAGUGUCCAGCAAGCCGCCCCUGCCUCCGCAGCCGCCCCGUGUCGGGGCGCUGGGUUCGAGAUCGUCGACGGGCGCGUCGGCGGCGGCGGCGGCGUGUUCGUCGCGCCGACGCGCGGCCACAGACCUUGGAAAUCCGGCGGCCAUCGAGAUGGCGAAAGCCCGCACGAUGCAGGCCGCCCAGGAGCGCCCGGUCGGCCUGCUCGAGACCGACCUCGACGAGGCCGUGCCGUUGACGACGACAACCAGCGUCGCCGCCGCCGUUUCCGUCUCCGCGAACACCACCGGCAAGAAGACCAGGAGUUUGCUCAAUCUGAAUCACACCUCGGCCGCCCCGCGACCCAGACCGGAGCACGCCCUCCACGUACCCCAGUCGCCUGUCGCCGCUUCGCACAGGAGCCCCCGCGACGACGACGCCGCCUCCACCAUCAACCAACGGCCACACAAAUCCAUGGAGUUCCUUCUCGACAAGGAGAACCUGCAUUUCGUCAAGCCGCCGGAGAACGAGUUGCAGAAAGUUGGCGAACGCGUGCCCAGCGAGCACGAACUCAGAGUGCAGAGGUCUCUGCAACGACUGAACGUCCCGGAUUGGUAUAAGAAUUCUCCCGCGGCUCGCGAUGGUUUCCGGUUAAAGAGGCACUCCGACGCGUCGCAACACGGAGGAUGGCGUGCAUUGGGCUCGAAAACCACUUCCCUCUCGUCCCUUUCAUCGUCUUCCAAUAGACAGCCGACUACAGGUGCCCUUCUUAGUCCAAGUCCCACGCCACCUGUAUUCUCAAGAUGGAGUACCAGUCUGCUAAACAGUGCCGGAAGUUCGCCAGCGAGUUCAACAAGGUCGUCUUUCAAUCAUCGACAGCCGUACUUGGGCUGGCGUUCUCAAGAACGGCUAACGAACCCGCGAACACCGGCAGAACGUCUUGCUCAGGGUAUUCUUCCCCAGUUGCAAGCAGCAAACAAGCAGCAACAACAACAACAACAGCAACAACAACAGCAGCAGACAACGAAUCAGCAGCUAGAGGUAAGGAACUCUAUAAAGGAGGUAACCUCGGCCAUUGUGCACUACGUGCAAAGCGGUCAGGAGGUUGGUGGAGGUGGCAGGCUGUCGCCUCGACCUCGACCUGAAGACUGGGACGACAGGGGCGGAGCAAGGUCGACCAGCCCCAGAGGGAGCGUGAAGCUGUGUUGGAUGGAGAGCUCGUUCGUUGGCAUGAGACCCGCGGAAUCGCCGGAGACACCGAUGAGUUUGGCCACGGAAACCGAAUGCUGUCCCGGAUGCAACGUCGCAGCCACCGAGUCAUGCAGCUGCGUCGAUUCCGCGAUUUCCGGCCUUUUCUGGGAUUUGACACCAACACACGACGAUGGUCAAUACCAGCAGCAUCAACAAUAUGAACAGCAGCUAGGUGGCGGCGAUAGUCUUGGUCCAUCACCGUCCUCCACACUCAAUUAUCACCAUCACCAUCAUCAUCAUCAUCGUCAGCUUCACCAUCAGCAACAACCACAGCAACAGCAGCGUCAUCACCGCGGAUCGGGCCAGAGCGAUACGGACGAGGCGAUGGCGACGGCAGCUCUUCUGCGGAACAAACCGAGCCCGGGUUCCACGACCCUGGAGGACGUCCUUGACUCCCUCCUUGGCCUGCCAUCCGCGUCGCGUACCCCGAGUCCUGGGCCAGGGCCCGUCGUAACCGGUACAUCCGCCACCAUGCGCCAUCGAACUAACAUCGGCCAGGCUAAUGCAAAAGCCGGGAAGAGCUGCAGCGACCUACGCCAAGACCUCCAAGAGUCCGCUAAGAGCGUGAUGGACGUGCAGCUGCAAGGAGCCUCCGAGGAGCGUGCCUCGUAUUACGUGGGUGAACUCGUGCGACGAAAGAGCGAGGGUAGCGACACGAUGCCCUCGAAAACGGCUACGGCACAGUCGAAAGGCGUACCCUUGAGUCACCGAAGAGUUUCCUUUGACAACAAUCAGGAGGCGAAUGGCCUGGUGGCUGGCAACGUUGCGGAGAAAAUCAUUCGUUGCCGAAAUAACAAGUGCAGUAACUCGGCCACCGUGACCGAGGCGAGGAAGACCUACAAAAGCUGUCACAAUUGUACCUGCCUGUAUUGCUCGAGGGAGUGUAGAAGAGCGCACUGGCAGCGUCAUCGGAGAACCUGCUUGCACUCCCGAGCUGGAAGCCUCUGCAAACAGGUGUUAUCCUCCGCCAAGGAGGAUCCCAUCACGCUGAAACACAUCUCGGCGUUGGCCAAGCGUGGCUACGCGUUCCACGGCCGUGGAGCUGUCAAGUGUUUCUUCUCGAGUCCAGAAGCGGCGGAUAAAUUCAUCGCAAACGGUUUCGUCGACUUAGGUGAACCCACGUACGUGCGAUGGUCGGAUUUGCUGGCCAGAGAGAUGGGAGCGGAACUGUACGCCGAGGUGAUCAGACUCUGCAAGUCGUACAAUCCGGAUACGAGGCUGGUGUUGUAUGUGGCAGUUUGCGUGGUCAGCGAGGUGCCAACCAGUGGAGCGGUAAAAUGGGAACGACAGUUGGUAUCCAGAUGCGCGAAAAUCCACUUAGACUCGACAAACAGGUAUCACACGUCUUCGUCAUACGCCUCGCCGCAAGGUAGGCAACAGUCCACGUCUCCCUGCAACAUCACCCGAGAGAUGGAGUCCCCGGAGAUGCUGGUGCUUACCUCGCUGCCAGGCAAUAACGGACAGAACACACCCAGGAAAAUCCGGGAAAUCAGUUUCACCAACAUCCAGAGACAACUGAAACUAAGGGGCGUGUCACUCAGGAGGCACUUUCCGCAGGUUUACAGGAAGCUCCGUGCCUACGUGGAUGGUACCGUGGAUAAGUUCGCUCCGGUUACCAUUUAUCCGAGAGACCAGGCAUCUGGUAAAAGUUUCAUGUGCAUCAUCAUCCUCGGUGUAGAACCUGAGCGCCUUCAGCUGCUUCCCACAGAUUCCUCUAGGGUUAAAACCGUUGACAUUAGCGUCGAGGAGGAAUAAACGCUGGAUAGAAGCUCUUAAGUACUCGCUUGUGCGAUUUUUUUUUUUUUUUUACUAAAUUAGUAGGAAUAAUCUUUUGCAGGCUACGAUAGACGUGCGUGCAAGACGCGAGGAAUAUUUCGAGCUUCGUCUUCGAGUUUAUAUCCUUCGAUGAUAGGAAAAUACAUGUAGCAGUCGCGAAAUUGUGAGAGAAAUAGCUGAAGCAAGCUCGUGGAAUUCGAUAGGAAAUUGAAUGAAAGUAAAUCGUCUUUCGUGAAAAGAUGCCGAUUAGGAUGGUCUUUCGGGAGAAGAUGAUUUACCAAAUCGAGGACACGUCGAGGUGCUUGAUAUUCCACGACAUUUCGUGUGAAGCAACGAACAAAAUAACGUAGAAAAGAUUAGACUAUACGUUGCCAAACACUCUCGCCUUGAUUCAGUUUUUCAGAUAGAUCUAAUUGUGUAUUUAUAGUUUCUGAUUAAAGCUCGUCGAGUACGCGUUACGAUCGUUGGAGAUGUUAGUUUACGCGUCAUUUCGAAGAUCAGGGACUAUAUAUCGUAAUUUCCAUAUGAUGUCUGUACGAUUAAUUAUCGUAGAUCGACAAACAUUCAUUUCCGUGGACACUUAACGAGCGUGUUGUAAUCAACAUGUAUCAGUUUCAUUCGCGAAUCUUAUUCGUGAAUCUUAGAGUACCUAUCUCUGAUUGCUUCGAUAUAUCAAAAAAUAAAAAUCUCCUCGAUUUGGUUGUUAUUCUGUCAGAUGUUUAUUAGCAACUACAUCGAUUGUCGAACGAAUCAAUGAGCGAUCUUGAUAGAACAACGGUUCCUAUCGAUAUUUCGAUAUCAAACUACAGUGGGAUAUACUGGAACGAACGUUAUUGAUUCCGAAGUUGGUUUCUUAUAGCUUUUAUUCGUUAUGGCAUCUAUGCAUAAUACAUCGCUGAAAUAUGUAUAUACACGUAUCUAGGAACAGUCCAUUCGAAACUCACAAUCUCAAGCAUAAUUACCAUUUAAUACAACGAUAUAAACAGGAGAAAUAUAAUACAAAAGCAUUAAAGCGUAAAAAUAGCAUAAAAUUAAUUUAUUCAACUUUUAUGUACACUGCGCAUUUGAAUUUGAAAGGGAUUAACAACAAUAUCUCCUUAGCUUAAGUUUAAGGUAUGAAAAAUCCUUAAUAAAAGCACGAAUUUCGUUGUGAUAUCGACGAUUUUUAGUGAUAAAUACUCUCGUUGUAGCAUAACCCACUAUAUUCUUCGGAAAACUAUAAAUUUGUUUCUUUUUCCAUCCAGGUUUCACGAAAAAAUGUGAAAUUAACGUAAAAUCUUGCUGCAUUCUUGAAAAGAAUUAUUUUCUUAACGCAUUGUUCGCAUUAUAAUUAGAGAAUUCUAAUUAUUCGUCUAAUCUGUAAAAAAAAUGCUAUUCAAACGCUCUACGUUCGACACGUCGUUUUCGAAAGUAAUGACGAGAAGUAUCUUGUUGUCCUUUCGUUCGAUUUAAUGUAGUUACAGUUGUAUUUUUUGAAUUUUAUCAUAUAUAUUAUAUAUAAAGAUUAAAUCUCUCUCCGCGGUGCAGUCAGACUGUCUCGAUUAUGAUUCAAGAAGAUGCUCUUCGAAUUGGUGGAUCACGAGUCAACCUGAACGCAUCGACGAUAUAAAAAAGGCAAAUGUAGAUUGUGGAAGAGAUUUUCGCAGUUUAAUAGCUCCUUGUGGAAGAUCCUCUAAAAAUCCCAAGUUUCAAAAGUCUGUAAAACCUAACUAGCGACCGAUGUCCCUGAAAAUAGAGAAUUUCUACCGAGUAAUCGUCUCGAGCUCAAAUCCAAUUACUAUACCGUUUCCACAGACGCGAUCUUUGUGCCAAAGCGUAGACCGUAAUAAAUUAAUAAUCUUUCGAAUUAAGAAAGUAACUCGCGCGGAUCACGAUGGCAACAGGAAUGAACGUCUGCAGGAAAGAAACAUUCUAAGAAUCUUGAUCUCAUGGACUAACUUCGUGGCAUCGACGAACUCUCCGUUUAAUAAUAAACUCGCGUUUUUAUCUUUUCAACGAGAUAAGAUCGGUAUACUUGUUUUACUUUUACGAAAUUUCCUACAUAUUUUCUACAUUUCCACGUAACGUCAGUGAAAUUCGUUUUGCGACAAAUAAACUUAAUAAAGCAGCGGACUUAAUAAAAAAUCAGACUGUCAAGGGAAACGAUAAUAGUGCCAACGUUAAAGUCACGAAUACGCGAUGGUCGAAUAUAUCUUGAUUAGAGAUGAAAUUUUAAUUUCGUCGGUGAAAUUAUUAAUUUACACGAAACCCUUGUAAAUUACUCUGGUGAUUAAUUGCAACAGAUAUGCCAACGAUAAUAAGUAGAGAUGGCUGGAUCGAUGUUUGUUCUGCUGGCCAUGAUUUCAAAUUAAAAGGAUCUUAAACGUAAUUUGUAGUGCCAAUGACAGAAUCUCUUGUGAUAUCAUCGUGAGAGAAAUUUCCAAAUGCGCGUGAUAAUAUCUCAGAGAUAUUACUCUUCUAGCUAUACCGAAUUUUAACAAAGAUAAAUUGUAAAAAUCAUUUUUACAAUUUGAUGUAGUAUCUAUUACAUUCGGAGAAUAUCAUCAUGAAAUAUCACAUAUUUUGCUUUGUCUUGGAUUACGAUUACCUAUGUUAAGGAUUAUUAUUUUACUUUUCAGAUAUGCAGCAUGUAAUUAGCAAACAGAGUAUGUUUUAAGAAACGUAUUUCAUUCAAGUUGCCACAAGAUGAUCGAACGAAUAUCAAGUAUAUGAUAUUUGAUUAGAAGUGAAAUGUCUAAUUAUCUCUUUAAUGAAAUGAUACUAUUCUUGUAAGAAACUAAAGUCGAACUGUUUCGUACAACAAUGUAAGUUUUUUUAAAGCUACUUUUCUCUUGAAACAAUCGGUAAAAUUAAUAUUUUUUCAUAUUAUAUCCGUUGAUAACGUCAUACAUACAUAUACGUAUAAAUAUGUAUAUCCAGUUCUUUAUCUAGUUAGAAUUUUUUACUUGCAAAAUUUAUUUAUUAUGUCUGGUAAUAAGCAGAUAUCAUUUAAAUUGUAUUGUUAGUGUUGCAAAAUAUAUUAGCUACAUAAUUUAACGAUCAAAUACAUAUGUAAUGUACAAUAAUUGCAAAUACUAUUUUAUAACGUUUGAACCUUAUUGCUUAAAAAAUUUCCUAUUGAGAAAAUCGUGAUUUCACUUAAGUAGAUAUUAGUAAUUCCGAUUGUAUUGAAAAUAAAUAGUAUUUGGAGAAAGUUAUAUUUGAUAUAUGUAUACUGUAAAAUUAUUAAACUCUUGCCUUAUAUAUUUUCAUGGCAAAAUAUCCCUUAUGGCAAAGGAGACAACUAGGUACUCUACUUUUGAUAAAUCGCUGCUAAUAUUUAGCACACGAGAUAUCCAUCUCAAACUUACAUUACUCUCAUCGAAAUAAUGUAGAUGCUACGUAUUUAUAAUAUAAUAUAUCAGUUUAUAUAUAUAUAUAUAUAUAUAUACAUUCAUUUUAACAUUAAUAUAAAUCAUUAAUCAUAUGACACGUUAAUUAAAUCAAAAGACACACCUCAAUAGUAAUAAUAAUAAUUGCAAAUAAAAAUCUUCUUUAACAAGGAUAUAAAGAGUCAACUAUUCACACUUUUAUAAGAUAUAAUGCUUUCUCGGGUACUUGUAUAAAGUAUAAUAUAGUAAUUACAUAUUGUGCAAUAACAGCUACUCAUAGAAAUAUAUGCUCACCGUGUAUAUGUAACAAAUUCAAUAUAUAUUUAUGAAAUUACUAAAUAUACAUACAUAUAUAUUUAUAUAUCUAACUAACAGCAACAUUUGAAAAAUAGCAAUAAAAGGAGCGAGUAAUGUUUUUUAAGAAUCAGAUUUAGAAGAAAGAUAUUGAUAGGUAAAGAAAGAUUUAUUCACAUAUUAUACGCUGUAUAAAAUGUUUUUUUAUGAGAUAAAUAGGAACUAGAAUUAGUAACUUCCCUUGGAGAGUGACUGAAAGUAUUAUACUUUCUAAUUUAUUGUUUAUAGUAUAACAUUAUGACCUUACUGUUGACUGAUGAGUGUCAAUUUUUACUCUAUAUUUCAAUACAAAAAAAAGUUCAAUUUGAAUAAUUUUCACAGACCAAUAUUUCGUUUAAAUAGCAGCAACUUGUAUGACGUAAAUUUCUUAAAGUGAUAUUUCAUAAUAACAGAUGGGGAGAAUUGUUAAAGUGCUUAGAUCGAAGAAAGGUAUAAAUAGGGAGGAAUGCUGCCCUGAAUACCCAAGUAUUUAUGUACUUGGUAUUCCCUUAAUUGUGCUAAAUUGUUCGAAAAUAAAAGUUCAUUGAUAGUAACUAAAUAAAACUGUGACAAUGAGCAAUCUCCUAUCUGAGAACUGCCUUGGCGAACAACAAAUCUAGCCAUUUCGAUUCGAAUUAAAAUGCUUAAAAAUUUCAUCUUAACUAAUAAGUCAACUAAAUUAUUUAUAUAGAAUAGAUUAUUUAAAACAGAUCGUUCUAAUUAUCAUUUAUAACUUAAUUCGUUUGAACUCUAUAAGUUUCACAACAUAAAUAGAUAUUUCUUGCAAUAAUUAAUGAACUUUUAAUUUGGUUCUAAUUUUAGUUAUAAAAGAAAUUGGAUGUGAUUAUUAUUUUAUCGUAUUAGACAAGUCGUAUCUAUAAUUCAUGUUUUUAACACAUACGGUAGCGCUUUGUAUGUAUAAUAAAACAUUUAAAUUAUGAAAAGAAAAUUGAUAAUCUCUGAACAGACUAAAUACUGUUAACAUAGAUGACAGAAAUAAAGUAGUACAAAAUUAAUCGUUAUGAUUAAAGUUUAAUCAGACGUAAAAUAAUAAUUUGAUAAUCGAUAGUUUGUAUUUUGUUCUCUUAUUGUUAUAAACAACUAUAUGAAUUAUAACACUUAUUUGUUAUUUUACGAUGCUUCGAUCAUUCGGUGAAACUAUUUUAGCUAGCACCGAGAGAGCAGAAAAAAGUUUCAAAGAAUCGAUGAAUUGAUCGAUUUGUAGUAUAAUUGAUAAAAAAUGAAGAUAGUGUAUUAAUGCCACGAAAGUUAGUCCGCUGAGUUUUCGAUAGUUCCUUUUACCUGUCUGUAUUACGACAUGCCACGAAUGCGAUUAUUUCGAUCGUACAUUUAGUAUAUUUCUAAACUUAUUGUUUACCACUUAUCGUAGAAGACGCACAUUUGUCUUACUCAUCGCGUUCUGUGCGCAACGAUCUUCUAAUGUUAUGUAACAAAGGAAUGAUCUAAUUUAUACGACAAGAGAGAAGGAAAAGAGAGGGACGGUGAUCGCAUCCGUACGAUCGAUAAUUUUAUGUAAAAUCUUUAGAAGUUUUUGAAUCGCUGAUCGAUAUCCAUAUUUAUAUGUAACCUUACCGAUUUAUAUAUAUUGUCGUAAUGAUUGACAGGGGCAAGGAAGCGCUCUUGUUCAUUCAAUUCCUUGCCUUUUAUAACAAAAGAAAGAAAAGAAAAAAAAAAAAGAAAAUGUAACGAGUGUGACAAAAAGUGCUUCAAACUAUAUUUAUCGAAAAGCUGGUGCGGUCAAGUAUGUAAUAACGUGGAAAAGAUUGGAGACAUUUCUUUUUAUCCGAAUCGAUGAUACGUUUUUCUUGUCGUUGGCAACUGACUGCUCAAUGAUUGAACGAGCAAUUACGUAUGUAGCUCGGGUGUAGUCACUCUAAACGUAACGUUAUCGUUUCAACAUCUAUUUAUCGGUGCUACUAAUGCCUACCACUGUUUUCGCAUCUGUGUAUGUCUCAAUUUUCCGAAUAAAAUGUUAAUUUUAUUAUACCUGCCCGUCACUUCAUAUUUUACGAGAUUUUGUGAUAAUGACUGUUACAUUUAUAUAAUUGAUAAAAGCAAAUACUUUAAAACAUAGAGGAUCAAUAAAAUUACAUAUUCUUA